AUGCGGAGCUGGACCAGUGUCUUCUUCGUUUUCUGCACCGUCCUGACAACUACGCUCAGCUGUGAUUGGCUUAGCAAGCGCUUUGGUCACCUCAGUGGCCUAUCUUUGGAUCUCAUCCAGGACAUGGGUGGUCCACUGACUAAAAAGCCAAGUCCAGUUCCUUUCCCAUACAGACUCUACAGCCGAAUGCGUAAGGCUCAGGUGGAUUCCCAGUUGGUUUUCAUCAGAGACAGUCUAGACCUGAUUUCUCGUCUCUAUCAGAAUGACAAGCUCACCUCAGUUACCUGGAAUAAGAAAAAACUGGAAGAGUUCCAGGGGAUCAUCAACAGACAGGCAGAGGAACUGAACAAAUGUGUGAGUGCCGACUGGCAGGCAGAAGGACAGGAAACAGACAAAUUACAGGAGACAACUGAGAAUUUACUACAGAAGACUGAGAGUAGCAGUGCUGCAUCCUGGGAGCUGAUCAGGAAGGAGACCAAAGAUCACCUGGCUCAACUUGAUGUGAUGGUGAACUUCAUUAAAGCUUCAGGGGCUGCCAGCAGGAGGCGCCACACAGCGACUGAACAGCACUCAUCAAAUUAG